GAAAUCAGGCCUUCAGCAUACUCGCUAUAUAGUUCGCCAAAAUAGUUUUCGCUACUACACUCGCCAAAUUUGGGAGAGGAGAGAGAAAUUUGAGACGCUCGCUAUCUCCUCCAACGGGCAGAUUCGUUCAAAUUCAAACCACUGGAUGGAUUCUACUCAAGUCCCUCUUGUUGAAAUAGAUUUAGGAGAUGAUAUUUUAAAUUAUGCCAGUAUCCUCAGUGGAAGCUCAGGGAAUAAUGAAAAUAUGUUUCCGAAUUUUGGUAAUCCUGCAUCUGGUGAUGGUAUUAGCUAUAGUCAGAGCCCUAUUCAAAGUCAAGUUGGUGUUCAGAGUGAAUCUCAAACCACAAAGAAAGCUAAAAGAGCCAAGAAUUUCUCUAGUCAAGAAGACAUCCUUCUUGUCUCUGCCUGGCUCAAUACUUCCCUUGAUCCAAUAAUAGGAAAUGAUAAAAAAGGUGAUGCAUAUUGGAAAAGAAUUUGGGAGUAUUUCUAUGCUGAGAAGACCUUUGAACUAGAGUGUGAUCGUAAUAAGGGUUCUCUCAUGAAUCAUUGGUCUGGAAUUCAACUUGAUGUUAACAAAUUUUGUGGCAUUUAUGCUGAAGUUGAAAGGAAAAGAGCAAGUGGUACAACUGAACAAGAUAAGAUGCUAGAAGCCAAACAAAAGUUUAGGAAAUUGCUAAAAAGAAACUUUGCAUAUGAGCAUUAUUGGAAUCUGUUGAAGUUCCACCCAAAAUGGAACUUGGAACUCUCUAGGAAAAAACCAAAGACGAUUCCUGCAACUCCAUCUCCUAUCACUCCAUCUCUUGACACUCCAUCUGCUAGCCCGGAUACAGUCGAUUUACCUGAUGGUGAUGGUCAAGGCAAUGAGGCUCAAGGCUUGGUGAGGCCUAUAGGAAAAAAGGCUGCCAAGACCUUGGCAAAGAAUGCAAAAGCUAUAGAGAAAGUCGGAGCAGCCCAGUCCGAAUUAGGAGACUAUUAUGCUCUGAAAGUUGAACACGCUCGUAAGGAGGAUGAGCAAUUUCAACUAAUGUAUAAUGUUGAACAAGAGAACAUCAAGCUGAGGAAACAGGAACUUGAAAUUCAAGUUCGAAAAGAGGACAAUACAAUAAUGGCAAUGGAUACUUCUACAAUGGAACUAGUUCGUGCAGAAUAUUUCAGAGGAUCAACAAAAAAUCAUCACAAAAAGAGCUGCUGA